GGUUUUUAAACCCAACCCUCCUUCUCCUCUAGCGCCUUAUCUCCUCUCCGCCACUUCAAAUGUCUAUUUCAAUGUCAGCUAGAGAGGAGAGAGCUCUACUCUCAUGGCGCAAAAUCCCCCACCUCAAAAACGGCGUCGUUCCGCUCCGCCACAACGCCACCCUCAGUUUCUCCUCCUCCGCCGCCGCCGAAUGUAAGUUCGCGUGUGUCUCGGUGGCGGAAACGAAACUGCAUCACGAUUUCAUGCCGACGCUGUCUCAGCUCCUCAAGCACCCGCUGGCAGCUGUGGCCUUCGUUCCCAGAGACGCCGCUCUGUUCUCCGCCGGCGCCAUCGCCGGAGCCGCUGGCAAGACCGUCACGGCGCCGCUCGACCGGAUCAAGCUCCUCAUGCAGACUCAUGGUGUGCGGGUUGGGCAAGAAAGUGCUAAGAAGGCAAUGGGUUUCAUUGAGGCCAUAACAUUUAUAGGGAAGGAAGAAGGCAUUAAAGGUUACUGGAAGGGCAACCUCCCCCAGGUGAUUCGGGUCAUACCUUAUAGUGCUGUCCAGCUCUUUGCUUAUGAAAUUUAUAAGAAAAUAUUCAGGGAACAGAAUGGUGAGCUCUCUGUUGUGGGAAGACUUACAGCAGGUGCUUUUGCUGGCAUGACAUCCACUUUUAUAACCUACCCAUUAGAUGUUCUGAGAUUACGGUUAGCUGUCGAACCUGGUUAUCGAACCAUGUCAGAGGUUGCCUUGAGCAUGCUAAGGGAAGAAGGGUUUGCAUCUUUUUACAGAGGCCUUGGGCCUUCUCUUAUUGCAAUAGCUCCUUAUAUUGCAGUGAACUUUUGUGUUUUUGACUUAUUAAAGAAGUCGUUGCCUGAGAAAUAUCAAAAGAGAACUGAAACAUCUAUACUCACUGCUGUGCUUUCGGCAUCUCUGGCCACACUUACAUGCUAUCCUCUGGACACUGUGCGAAGACAGAUGCAAUUGAAGGGUACACCUUAUAAGACAAUAUUAGAUGCUAUUUCAGGUGAGGAUUACUCCUGUUUACUUUUUUGCUUCAGCAAUUUAUACUGUUUGCUGAGGCAUGCAGUUAAUGUGUUGCGCUUUUACCAAAUUUAUACUUUUGUUAAUGCAGGUAUUGUGGCACGAGAUGGAGUCAAUGGUUUGUAUCGGGGAUUUGUGCCCAAUGCCCUAAAAACCCUACCAAAUAGCAGCAUCAAGCUUACCACAUAUGACAUUGUUAAGCGCCUAAUUGCAGCUAGUGAGAAAGAGUUUCAAACAAUUACAGAGGAAAACCGCAACAAACAAAAGAAUAUCAACAAUCAAUGAAAGUAAACUUCGGAUUCAUAUUGUUUUGGCCAUUUUUCCUCCCUUGAAAUUUUUUUGGAAUUAAUACUCCAUAUAGAACUUUUCAUUAUUUGUGGGAAUUGAUUUAGCCUAUCUGCCAGCAGUGAUGCUAAUUGUCCGCAGCCAAUGUUUCUGUAUCCGUUGGCUGAGAAUUUUGUAGAAUAUAUGUUUUUGCUUGGUGCGCUGUAAAUGCUAUAUUCUUUUGAUGAAUUCUUCAUUAGAUUUAAUUUUUCGGGGAUGUUGUACCUACCCAAC